AUGUCUACCGAUACGAAUAACAAUAAUUCAGGUAGGAACAGGGGGUACUGUAGAUGAGGACUACUGUAGUUGAUUUAUUUUUUGCAGGAAAUAACAAUAAAUCAGCUGAAAAGGUUGUUGCUCUGGAUCCGAAAGUCGCUGAAUGGAUGGAUGAUGCUAUCAAACGGCUCAACAGUGAGUGAAAGAUAAUUGGGAAUCGGUGAAAGAGAAAACCACUACAGUUGACUUUGUCGGCUCUUUUGAUCUUUUUUGAAAGCGGACAUGACUCGAUUCAAAACUCCCCUAACAAAUCUCAAUUUUCUAGCGCUGUACAACAAUACAAACAUCAAUAUUUGUAACAUAAUGUCUGGCCACGAAAUUAUUGCAAUUCUCCGUUUGGUCGAAACAAUUUUCAUGGAAGAAUCAAAUUUGUGUGAAUGCGAAGCACCAAUCAAAGUCGUCGGUGACAUCCACGCCCAAUUUCAAGAUCUCAACAAACUGUUCGAUUUAAUCGGCCGAGUUCCCGAAGAGAAAUUAAUCUUCCUUGGAGAUUAUGUCGAUCGUGGACCACAAGGAAUCGAAGUUCUUAUGCUUCUUUUUUGCUUGAAAGUUCGUUAUCGUGAUCGUAUUUACAUUUUGCGUGGAAAUCAUGAAACACCAAGUGUCAAUAAGAUCUACGGAUUUUAUGUUGAAUGUCAAUAUAAAUAUGGUGUUGGUAUUUGGUGGGAUUUCCAAGCUCUUUUCAAUCGUAUUCCAAUGGCUGGUUUAAUCUCAAAACGUGUUCUUUGUAUGCACGGUGGUUUAUCACCAGAAUUAACCAGUUUGGAUAUUAUUCGCCAAAUUCCACGUCCUUGUGAACCUCUUGAUCGUGGUCUUCUCAUUGAUUUAUUAUGGUCUGAUCCAACAAAUAAAGGUGAUGGCUGGUUCCAUUCAAUUCGAGGAAUCAGUUAUAUGUUUGGAAAAGGUGUUGUUGAACAGGCUUGUAAAUUGUUGUCAUUGGAUUUAAUUAUUCGAGCACAUCAAGUUGUUCAAGAUGGUUAUGAAAUGAUGACUGGAAGAAGAUUGAUUACUGUAUUUUCAGUGCCAAAUUAUUGUAAUCAAUUCACAAAUGCUGCGGCGGUUAUUUGUUUGAAUGAGAAUUUGGAGAUUUCAUUCCAACAAAUGUUACCACCUCCAUUGCCACCAACUGUUACCAAUGCAAAAGCAACACCAGCAAUUGCAUCAGAUUUGAAUAAGGAUGCGGCUAAAGCGGAUAAAGAAUCGAUUAAACCGUAUCAACAAAAAGGACCAUCGGCUGAAAAAGAUAAAAAGAGUAGUGAGAAAAGUGGUGAAAAAGAAGAAAAGAGUGAGAAGAAACCAUGA